UACUACAUGCAAAUUUAACUCCUCCGGAAUUAUGACUGAUGAGCAGAUAUAUCCGCUACCGCCGGUCGUAAAAACGACAGACCGGGUUUUGUGUGGAUACGUAGAACGAGUUAACACUUUUCUUAUAAAUCACCAUGCGCCUCCAUCGGUUUUCGAGCUGCCGAAGCAAGCAAUGUCUGAUGGAAAAAAAACACGUGGAGCACCGUUCACAUGGAGAUGGACUAGGUCACAACAAAUGGUGCCAGUCGCCGGUACAGUUUUGAUUCUAGCGAUGGCAGUUUUUGAUUUACGGAUGCCUCCAUAAACUAAUGAAGCAAAACGCCCACUGGCCUAGAAAACGAAACGAACAAUCAAUAAUCCCACUCGACGGUCAGCGUAAAUAUUUUCGGUGUGCUGCUUCAACAAAAUCGAUCCACCAGGACCCAAACAGCGGGCGGCAAUAACAGUUGAAUUAUUGAUGCGCUAGCACUAUUGCCGCGAUAGAGCAUAGGGCGUACCCGUCCUAUGAUAAUGACUUUGACAAGAGGUUCCACUGCACUCACUAUCCCCCCAUCGCUGCAUCGGUUGGUCACGUCAAACAUAACCGUAUCGUAAAAUAGAGCAAAUAGUACUAAUCAUAAUUCUGUUCCCGCUACUUCAACCAAGUGGGGUGAAAAACGGAAUAAAGUUAUAAUUUUCACCCCUGCUAGCGGGUUACUGCUUAUUUUCACGCGAAAGGCAGGCGCACGCGAAUGAAUCACGGCAUACUAAGUGCAUCACGAGAACUUGUACUCAACACCACCGCCGCCAGCCGGUGUAGUAUGAAAACCGGAAGUGAUAAUAACCAGUCGCCGGUCGAUGGUAGCAGCAAAAGGAACGGGAAUGCAACGAAUCGGGAAGUGGUUGCUCGCUGGCGGGUUCCCAUGUAUGGGAAGAUACACGAGGUGGAAUUCGAGCAUGGUUCCGCAAGCGGAAAACGCGUGCUGUGGGUUGACAAAGAGGAAAUCUUUCGGCGGGAUUGGAUGUUCAAACUUGUCGGGGAGGAUACGUUCAAGCUGGAGGAUAAGCGGUGUAUCAUCAGGGUGGACCCUUUACCCGGUUUUAAGUACAGUUACUCGCUGUUUGUGGACGGUAAAUCGUACGAGCAGUUCUCUGAAUCGCAAGCCAAAGCACUCAAGACCUGGGAGGUCAAUUUGAGGGACAACUUCUACCGAAUAGUGUUAGAGAAGAACACGUUGAACAUUUACGUUAACGGAAAAUUAAUCGAAGAAAAUGGUGAGUUCGUAGAUGGCGGUACCGAGACCACUUUUAUCGAAGACAGCAACACAUUCGUGCUAAGCGCACGAACCAGUGGCAACAAGCGGGAAGGGAUUGUGCAUACGCUAACGAUAAACGGCGUAGCGGUGCAGGAUGCCGCGGCUAGCGGAGCGUCGUAGGUGAUAUGAAAUGAAGAAGAAAGUUUCUGUUAGUAGUAAUACUAUAAUGAAAAUGAA